CGCGGCGGGAGGAGCGGACGUGGAGCAGAGGGUGGCCGUCUGGCGUUCAGGGGGGGAGAGAGAGAUGUCGUUGAAACCAUUCGCCUACCCAUUGCCCGAAACAAGAUUUCUUCAUGCUGGCAGGCAUGUGUACAAAUUUAAACUCCGGUAUGGCAACUUCAACAGGUAUGUGUGUUAAAGCCUAGAAGAAGUGAUUCGAGUGAUCCUUGGAAAUCUUGAUGAUUUACAUCCAUUUUCUACAGACCACUUCACUGUCUUUCCCUAUUUGAGUAAAUGGGAGCAAGUAUCAAAGAUGAAAUUCAAACAUGAGAAUGUCCAUCUUGUGCCUUAUCCCUACAUUUGUACAUUGUAUCUAGAAUUGAACUCCUUUCAGCGAAACAUAUCUUGUGGUAAAGAAGUAAACAAGGGCAGUGAUGAGCUUGUCAGGAGAAGAAAUGAAGUGUCAGAAAAUACUGCAAUGAAAGAAUCAGUGAAGAGGAGAAGAGUGGAAGUCAGAGAUGAUGCCUCAUGCCCACAAUCAUACAUGGACAGAACUGGAGCUGACUGUGUUCACCAGAUGAAUAAAGCAGAACAUGGAUUUGAAAAGAAUUCCUCCAAAGCAAAUGAGCUUGAGUUUAGCCCAGCAUCCCUUACUAAAGACUGUGACCAGCUGAAUUUCUGGGAACCUGUGAAAUUUGGCCUUGAGCAAAAAAGAGUAGCCAGUCAGGCUGAGGGUGCAGUGCAGCUGCUGCAGCAAAUGGACCAAACAGGAAAGAAGGGAAACAUGAAGUCAGAAGGAAGAGGUCUUUCACACUUCUGGAGAAGCAUCAUCUUUUCACCACUCCAACAUCUUUUUGGUGGAAAAAACUGACCUGGAAGUACUAAUUGUUGUGGAAAGGUAG